AUGGCGGACAUCAACCAGAUCAUCCAAACCUUCAAAGGCCUUACUGAAGGAGAUCGCGAGACGACCAUGAAAGCACUCUCAACUAUGAUGCGCACCGAAAACCAGCGGCAACCCGCCAAGAAGAAGGUCAACGGGUUUAUGGGUUAUCGUGCAUACUACUCGUGGCUCUUCUCCCAGCUCACGCAGAAAGAGAAGUCGCCUAUCAUGACGAUACUUUGGAAAGAGGACCCGUUCCACAAGGAGUGGGAUUUUAUGUGUGCCGUGUAUUCGGCGAUCCGAGAGUUUCUGUCGGGCGAGAACGUUACGCUGCAGAACUGGAUUCAGUUUGCCAUCAAGCACAUGGGGAUUGUUGUCCGCGAGAGCUACCUGGUGGCCCUAGGUUGGAAACUAAUCCAGCACGACGACGGCACACACAAGCUCGAGCGCACUGCAGUUCGAGGGAUCCAGAGCUGUCACCAGCCGAUGAACGGACUUGGCCUGUUUAUAAACUGCCUUAACGGCGGCCUGCCAGUUACCAACCGGCUUCCGAUCAUUGCAAAACUCACCGCUUUGAGCAACGAUGUUAUCUGCGUCAACACACAGACGGGGCCAGUGGUGAAUCCCCACAACACCAUGGAGGGAUUCUACCAGUUUGCGAAGUAUAACCCACAUAUGGCCAUGUCGGCGCUGUUUCAGGUCACCACGACCCACCCUCUCAUCACCCAGGGUGUCACUGUUCACCAGCUUCCUGACCUUGCGGCAACCGACCCGUUCUUCGCGGUUCAGAACGAGGAUCCUGAGCUCGAUGCGAUGUUGGAUAAGAUCCCCCAGGGCGAAUGCAAUGGGAGCCUCGGCAACCAGACCAAUCCUGGCAACCAGUUCUACACGAUUGACAUGGGGAAUGGUGCGCAUAUUGCUGAUCCAUGA